AUGCCAUCCAUCGACCUCCCAGAACAGACCUUUACCAUGGACGACACAUCCAGACAGACGAAAACGCAGUCGGACUUUCUCGAAAAAGCAGAAGCAGAAGCAGACAUCGGCAUCGUCCCAGACCCAGCCAGCGAACUAUCCGAGCCUCAUCGUGCGUAUCUGCUCCAGCGACAUGGCACCCUCGACCUCGAUCCUCUCCCGAGUAUGGACCCGGCAGAUCCAUACAACUGGCCUUUAUGGAAGAGAAUAACCAACCUCCUCCUGGUGGCCUUCCACGCCUUCAUGGGCACGUUCAUCGCAGCAGGCAUCAUCGCCGCGUACGAGGACAUCGCCGUCGACCUGGGCGUCUCAAUCCAGAAAGUCAGCUACCUCACCUCGCUGCAGAUCGCGAUCCUAGGCGGCGGCCCGCUGGUCUGGAAACCGCUCUCGCAGCGCUUCGGACGGAGGCCUAUCUUCCUGGUAUCGCUGGUCCUAAGCUGCGUGUGCAAUAUCGGCUGCGCGAAGAGCCCGGAUUAUGCGUCUAUGGCGGCGUGUAGGGCGCUCGUUGCGUUCUUCAUUUGUCCUGCUAUGGCGAUUGGGAGUGCAGUCGUUGCGGAAACGUUUUUCAAGCGCGAGAGAGCUAGAUACAUGGGUGUCUGGACGGUGAUGGUCACGCUGGGUGUGCCGAUUGGACCGUUCAUUUUUGGGUUUGUUGCGCAGCGCGUGGGAUAUAGGUGGAUAUACUGGAUUCUGGCAAUUACCAACGCCGUUCAAUUCAUCCUCUACCUCUUCCUCGGCCCUGAAACCCGCUACAUCGGCACAGACAUGACCUCCAAAACGUCAGCCCUCCAACGCGAAUACCUCUCCCUCCGACGCAUCGAUCCCACCCCUUUCACGCUCCGCGAAUUCUACCACCCCCUCACCCUCUUCACCAACAUCCCCGUCCUGACCGCCGCGUGCGCCUACGCAAUGGUCUUCCUCUUCGGCAGCGUCCUCAACUCCGUCGAAGUCCCUCAGCUGCUACAAUCCAAGUUCAGACUCAACGCCCAACAACUCGGCCUCCAGUUCCUCGGGCUUAUCAUCGGCUCCCUCCUCGGCGAGCAGCUCGGCGGCCACGCCUCAGACAUCUGGAUGGCGUUCCGCGCGCGCCGCAUCUCCCGCCGCCCGCCGCCUGAAUUCCGCCUCUGGCUGAGCUAUAUCGGGUUCCUGCUGACAAUCGCAGGAAUGGUUGUCUUCCUAGUAUGCACGGAGCACGCGAAGCAAGGCGUGUGGACCGUGUCGCCAGUGGUGGGGACCGGCGUCGCGGCGUUCGGGAACCAGGUUGUCACGACUGUGCUGACGACGUACGCGGUUGAUGCGUACCCGGCUGAUGCGGGGAGUAUCGGGGUGUUUAUCAACUUUGUGCGGUCCGAGUGGGGGUUUAUCGGGCCGUUCUGGUUCACGGCGAUGUUUGAGAAAGUGGGCAUUGCGAGGAGUGCGGGUGUGGUGACGGCGUUGAUUAUGGGGGUUAGUUUUGUGCCGACGGCGCUGCUGCAUUGGAGGGGGGAGAAGCUUCGUCUUCGUCAGAAGGAGUAG